AUUUUCAAAAUGGUGGUAGUCAAAUGCCGAGAAGUCUAAAUGGAGCGGUACAUUACCUUGUUAUUUGGAUGUUUAGGAGUCUGAUCGUCAAAGGAGUAAUACAUUUAGUUAGUUGAUGUACCCAGAAGAAUUCUGCUUGUGUUUGUAUUUUGAAUUUUUCUAAAAUAUCGGAUAAAACAGUAGGUAGAAGAUGCCUGUGUACUUUGAUCUCAAAGUGCACUCCACACCUGGUGGUGCCAAUGCUGAUAUUCAGUGGCAUAAGACAAAUCCACUGUUAGCUGUUGCUUCAUACAACCAAACAAAAGGAGGAUUUGUCAAUCUCUAUCACGAUGAAGGAGAACACAUCCCAGAGGCAGUACUUCAAAGGUCCCUGCCUCCUACUGUACUGGCUUGGCAUCCCAGUAAGAAAGUAGUGGCAGUGGGUUGGGAGAGUGGAGAGAUUCUCCUAUGGAGUGAGCAUGACAAGGAAUUAAAUGAAGCAAUCCGCCUCCAUAAGUCUGCAAUUACUGUGUUAGACUGGAGCUCGAAUGGAUCAAGACUAGUAUCAGGAGAUGCAAGUGGUUUUGUGAUAGUGUGGAAAGUUGAUCAUAGAGGUCGCCUGCAGUCUACACCUCUGUGUCAACAUAACCUGGAGGAAAGUCUCACAGCCUUGAUCUUUAAACCACCACCUCCCACUGAUCCAGCUAUGGAUAUUAAUGUCUUAGCAAGAGCUGCAGUCAAUGGAGAUGAAAAUGCAUUAGACAUGUUUCAGUGGAGAAAGGGAGGAAAAAACAAAAUAGUUAAUCCUUACCUUGGUGGAACAGAGGCACUGGGGUUCUUUGUUGCAGGGGAUAAGGGCGGUGUUUAUUAUGUCAAUGAAAAUGGAAAGUCUGCUCAAGCUUUUCAAGCUGACGAUCCAAUCAGAAAGCUGAUAUAUUAUGAAGAAAAGAAUAUUUUGGUGACUGUGACAGAUACACUUAUGUUAUAUCAGCAUUCAGUCAAUCAAGAAGGAGAGACUAAAGAAACCAUGAAGGCAAAACUGAGUGGUAAAAUGGAGGAACCAGUCAUAAUUUUAGCUGGAAACGGGGUAUUGGCAAUGGCUACUGGUGAAACAGUUCUAAGAAUGUGGGAUCUAGAACGAGAUGAGAACUUUGUCCUGUCUCUAGAAGGCCACAAUGGAUACGACCCCACAGAGGUCAUCAACUGUGUAGCUUACUGUGCUGAGAAGGGUAUCCUUGCUGGUGGUACUAGCAAUGGUAACAUUGCCAUGUGGAAGUAUUCCACUGAAACAGACAGUGGAGCAAGCACACAGGAAGCUGAAGCAACAUGGAAGCUUCAGGCCCCUUCAAACCUUGAUGGAGUCAUAACACAGCUUAGAUGGGGUACCUCUAAGAACCUUCUUGCUGUGAAUGCUGUGGAGAAUGUGUAUGUUCUCAGUGAACAGGUGAUGAGUGCACAUUUCCAGGACCAGACAUCCGUAGUUCAGACAGGUCCAUGUCAACUGACGUUUGAUUUCUUUGGAUCAAACACUUAUCAAGAUCUCAAAACUGAUAUUCAAGUCAAGGGAGUUUUUACAAACAAGGACCAUGUAGCAGCUUGGAAUGGAAAGAAAUUAGUGGUAUAUGAGUUUUCAUCAGACAAAUCAUUGAUAAAGGCAUCAGGUACGUUCAACACAGAGUCUACCCUGGUGUGUUUAUAUGAACAAAAUGUUUACACUGUGGAACCUGGCAAGGUUCAAGUACGCACAUUCCAGGGCACAGUGAAACAGCUGCUGAACUUCACAGAGGUGGAAGGGGACCCUGUCUGCAUGGAUAUCUGCACUAACUUUCUUGUGGUUGGCACAGACAAGGGGACAGUGAAGGUGUUUGACUUGUCACGAAGAGAGGCAAAGCAGCAUGGUAACCCUAAGUCUCUACCAGAUGUUAUUCAAGGUUUUGGUUCUUUAGUCUCCGCAAAGUGCAACUGCAAUGGCUCAAAAGUCAGCUUUAUCUGUACCAAGGCUGAUGGUUUACCAGACCCCAAACUGUACGUGUGGGAUAUAGAAAUGGACACAAUCCAGUAUUUCAACUUUGAGACAGGGAGGGGAGAACAAGAUGAAUUAUUUGCACAGUCCACAGCUGAUGGAGAGGAGGCAUCAGAGGUUGACAGAGGUAAAGCUCAAGCUGCACAUGACAUAGCUCUUCAUUACCCCGUCUCUCAGUACUGGGAUCCUCAGGAAACAAAGCUUGUAGUCUGUGAAACCAAGUCACUGCAGCAACCACAGAAAGACACGGAAAACAAAGAAAAGGAGGACGGAUACAGGAAAAGAUUUGAAGCCAAGCAGGCAGCUAUUAACUUGACCAAGAGCAUGGCAGUGUCUUUGUUUGUGACACCUGAGAAUGGAAUUCUGAUGCAGGACAGUUUUGUCAUCAGCUCAGCCUUCAGUGCUCUGGUGGGAGUGGAAGUGCCAUAUUAUUUCUUUUCAAAGAAGUCAGAGGACUCUGUUGAAGAGACCACAUUUACACCCCGUCCACAAGUGGCAGCUUCAGCUAAUCAUCUCAAAAUGUUAGCCGGGCGCACGAUGAGGGAUUUCAUAGGGCUGGAACACAGUGAUAAGAAUGCACGGGAUGCCAUGCUGAACUUCAGCUAUUAUCUCACUAUUGGGAACAUGGAUGAAGCCUUUAAAGCUAUCAAGUUAAUCAAAAGUGAGUCAGUCUGGGAGAACAUGGCCAAGAUGUGUGUAAAAACAAGAAGGCUUGAUGUAGCUCAGGUGUGCCUAGGAAAUAUGGGUCAUGCAAGAGGAGCCAAAGCUUUAAGAGAGUCCAUGAAGGAGCCUGAGAUAGAUGCUAGAGUGGCAGCUUUAGCUCUACAGUUAGGACUUUUGGAUGAUGCAGAAAGAUUGUUAAAGAAUUGCAAGCGAUAUGAUCUUUUAAAUCAGCUGUAUCAGGCCUCGGGACAGUGGAACAGAGCUUUAGAAACUGCAGAAAUGUAUGACAGAAUUCACUUGAGGACAACUUAUUACAACUAUGCGAAGUAUUUGGAGGCCAAAGGAGACAUCAAAGCUGCCAUUCCAAACUUUGAAAAGUCAGAUACACACAGGUUUGAAGUGCCAAGGAUGCUGUUUGAAGAAACUUCUGAAUUGGAAGCAUACAUAAUGAGGACCAAAGACAAAGCACUGCGUAAGUGGUGGGCCCAAUACAUGGAGAGUACAGGGGAAAUGGAAACUGCUCUUCAGUUUUAUGAAGCAGCUCAGGACUUCUUAUCACUAGUCAGGGUUUACUGCUACUGUGGUAACCUGGACAAGGCAGCAGAAAUCUGCAAUGAAACUGGUGACAGAGCGGCAUGUUAUCACUUGGCAAGGCAGUAUGAAAACCAGGAGAACAUCAGGGAAUCCAUCCACUUCUUCACCAGAGCACAGGCAUAUGGAAAUGCCAUCAGACUCUGCAAGGAAAAUGGCCUAGAAGAUCAGCUGAUGAACUUGGCCUUAUUAAGUAACCCACAUGACAUGAUGGAGGCAGCCAGGUAUUAUGAGGACAAGCCAGGGUGCCAGGACAAGGCUGUCAUGCUGUACCAUAAGUCUGGCAACUUCUCCAAAGCACUAGAGUUGGCCUUCACUACGAGGCAAUUUGGUGCUCUGCAGCUCAUUGCUGGGGACCUGGAUGAGAAGACAGACCCUGAACUGUUACAGCGCUGUGCUGAUUUCUUCAUGGAAAAUGGACAGAAUGAUAGAGCUGUGGAUUUACUGGCAAUUGGAAAGAGGUACUGGGAAGCAUUAAAACUGUGUGCCCAGCAUAACGUGCCUAUGACGGAGGAACUUGGAGAGAAACUGACCCCACCCAAAGCCAUGGCUGAAAACGAACAAGAGGAAAGAACCAAAGUACUGGAGGGAAUUGCAGAAAUCUGCCUUCAACAAAGACAGUAUCACAUAGCUACAAAGAAAUACACACAGGCUGGCAAUAAGAUUAAGGCCAUGAAAGCACUCCUCAAAUCUGGUGACACAGAAAGGAUAGUGUUCUUUGCUGGAGUGUCCAGACAGAAGGAGAUCUACGUGAUGGCAGCCAACUAUUUGCAGUCCCUAGACUGGAGGAAAGACCCAGAAAUCAUGAAAAAUAUCAUCGGGUUCUACACCAAAGGCAGGGCACUAGACCUACUGGCAGGCUUUUAUGAUGCUUGUGCACAGGUUGAAAUUGAUGAAUACCAGAACUAUGACAAAGCUCUGGGUGCCUUAAACGAAGCCUACAAGUGCAUGGCCAAGGCAAAGAUGAAGAACCAGUCUCUGCAAGAGGAAAAGCUGGCUGCUUUUAAACAGAGGAUAAAUCUCAUCAAGAAAUUUGUGCAAGCUAGAAGAGUGUAUGAUGAAGAUCCAGAUGAGGCAGUGAAGCAGUGUCAGGUAUUGCUAGAGGACCCAGACCUGGACAGUGCUGUCAGAAUGGGAGAUGUCUAUGGUUUUACUAUUGAACACUAUGCCAGGAAGGAGAAAUGGAAAGCUGCUUACUCAACUAUGGAGGAGAUGCGUAACAAGAUUCCCACAGUCAAUAUGGCGUACUAUGUAAACAUGAGGACAAUAGAGGCCAUCCAUCAGGCACUGGACAUUCCACUAGGACGUGGUAUUGGUGCCGAGAGGACGAAUGGAGUUCGUAGUGCAUCGCCAGAAGAGGAUGGAGAAGAGUUUGUGGAGGAAGAGGUCGCUGAUUUCACUGAGGAUUAGUUGUCUUUAUUAUAAGGAGAAGAGGACAUGAAGUUUGUGGAAGAAUAAAUAUCUGCCUUUACAAGGUUAAGAGUUUUUCAUUAUUGGAGUAGGAUGAUCAACUUUGUGGAAGAAGAGGCUGAUUUUCUGCUGAUGUGUUUAUUUUUUAAAGUCAUAUUUAUUGUAGUUUAAUUUAACUGGAAUUUAGCUGAAACCAUCCACCCAGGUAUGUAAAUAAAAACAAAUUGAAUUUCAUGCCAGGAUCAUUUUGAUAAAAGUUUUCAACCCAUAAUGCACUUUGUGCACGUGAUGUUCUAUACACCGUCCAUAAAUACGUCCUUUUUGAAAAGGGUGGCAUUUCACCAUUUUCAGUGGUAUUCAUGAUAGCACAUAAGUGGACUUUUAUAAGAACAACAAUUUGAAUCCUGAAGUCCGUGACUUCUUGUUUAAAGCUUAUCUCUCAUUCUUUACCUCUAAUGAACUGCAAUGUGUAUAUUUUUAAAAACAAUAAUGAUUUUAAGUUGAAUGAGCCAGUUAUUGAUUGGCUGCUUUUUUCUACUCUGAAAACAAUAUAUUUUGUUAAAUGGAAAUCCUUGGAAGGUUCAAAAUUUUCCACCAAGAGUUAGAAGGGUGCAGGUGGACUUUUUUGGGAUUGUAAGAAUUAAGUACACUACAGUAUAAUGCUGAACAAAUGAAGGAACAAAAAAUGAAAUAUAUGAGGAGUGAAAGGAAAGCAAAAGUUGUAGCUGCAGACUAAGGCUUAUAGGUCUUGUUUUUAUGAAAAUAUUUAUAGAUGUUUAAAUUAUCCUGAUCUCAUGUCAGUCAUAUUGUAUACACAUUUUAUGUGGAUUUCCAACACAAGUGCUCUUCAUUAUUAACAAAUGUUUUAUGUCCUUUUAAAUGUACUUUAAAAUCAGUUAUAUGGCAAUCCAUUUUCUUGAUUUUUUUCCUUGAAAUUGGAGAUAACAUUUGAUCAAGUUUCUGAUAAUUUGUUUAGAAGUAGUAGUUCUUUUGUGAAAUAUGUCACAACUACUCAUGAAUAGCCGUAUGGAUGAAGAAUCAAUAUUACUACCAUUUAUAUAAAUCUACAAAUUCUACAAAUACUAUUCAAGAAGUGUGUAAAUACAAAAUUGUAAAUUUUGUUGUAAAUACAAAUGUUUACAAGUGUGGUGAAAUAAAAUCUUAAUUCUUA